GUCUGGUAAUAGUGCCUGAUUCUGGUGUCAAGAUCCAGGGUUGACACGAAAGCUAGCAGAAGAAUUCCAAGACACCAACCCGAAGCUCAGGGUGUUGACUCUGGGGAGAUCCAAAACAUGAGCAUUAGAGAGUCAUUUGGAGCCGUCCGUGUUCCAACCUGUGUACCAUGGCUUUUGUCUUGGGCUUAUAAUAACUCAUUAAUGUUUACUGUGGCUCCUAACACAUCUUCUUCUAUUAUUUUACCUUUGAAAAGUUUGAAAGGGUUUCGUAAUGGUCGCCCCACUACUGGAGAUAGAUGGCUCGGGUAUUGGUGGUAUUUAACUGGCCACCCGGUUAACACCGGCUGGGGCACCCUUGUCACCACGCAAAUGCGAGGGUAUUGGCCCUCUGGUUCCAGUGACGAGGCUGUGUUCUUUGCUAAACGAGUGACUUUGAUAAAUCGGGGCACAAGCCUCCUUUUGACUCUUACACUCCCUGACGGUCAUAUUCGUCCUCCAAAUGCCACCUUGUUUAACACUGCUUGUUGGGGUUUUCAACUGUGGGCUUGGUCCUCUGGAACCGAUCCUCGCUUUCCUAUUGCUAUUUGCCUUAAUAGAACAAUGUCGGUCGCAGACCGUCCCGUUACAAAUAAAUACACCUUGUCAGCGGGAGCAAAAAUCACAAGUACGCUCCUCACUGAUGUAGACAGCUAUUUUGUGGCCUCCACAGGGAUAAGCGGUCAUACUAACAACUGGCUUCUUAUGGCUGAGCAGGCCGCAAAGAUGGCUGGCGCUAGUUGCAUUGCAUGCAUGGGUCCCAGACCUCUUUUGAAAAUCAUACCUGCAAAUGUAGGCCCUAAGUGUGCUGUCGUUUUGAUGUUAGACUCGUCCAUUUCACCCACUCACGAUUGUUUUAGAUGGGAUACGGUUUACCCUGUUGCCCCUAUGACAAAGCAUAAACCCCUUUUUUCGUCUGUUGUAGCUAAGGGUAAUUUUACAUGCAUUAGAUUACCUGGUACCGGUGUGAUGCUCGGCGCCCUACCUGCUCCGUGGUGUGGGUCCGUGACCAAGGUCACGGCCCCUUUUUUGCCCAUUGCUCGUUGUGAUAUUUGGUUUUGGUGUAAUAGUAACAAACUUUAUGAUAGGUUGCCUUUCGACAGCGCUGGAAUUUGCGCUUUGGUAACCCUAUUGCUACCUGUUCAUUUGAUACCAAUGUCCUCUUAUGAUCUAACGUCUUUUGCUAAGUCCGUAGUGCCCAAAUUCUGGCCGAGAACGAAACGAGACGCCGAAUGGCGGGGCACAGCUAAUCCAACCUACAUCGACGCCAUUGGUGUUCCUAGGGGAGUGCCGGAUGAGUAUAAACUGGUGAAUCAGAUAGCAGCUGGUUUUGAAUCCGCCCUGUGUUGGUGGUGUACUCUUAACAAAAAUGUUGACAGGAUUAACUACGUCCAUUACAACGUGCAGAGGCUUGGAAACUGGACCGAGGCGGGUUUCAAGGCGGUCCACUCCCAACUGGCCGCUACUUCCCUCAUGGCUUUCCAGAAUCGAAUGGCCCUUGACAUGCUACUCUCAAGAGAGGGCGGUGUCUGCGCCAUGUUCGGUGAGCAAUGUUGCACUUUUAUUCCAAAUAACACUGCGGCCGACGGAAGCCUGUCCCAGGCCCUUGAGGGCCUGCGGGCCUUGAACGGGAAGAUGAAGGAGCACAGUGGAGUGAACACGGAGGUUUGGGCCAACUGGUUGAACGUGUUCGGAAAGUACCGCACCCUGGUUUCCUCUGCCCUGGUCUCCGUUGCCGUUUUCUCUGCCAUUUUGACCUUGUGUGGAUGUUGUUGCAUCCCUUGUCUCCGAUCCCUAAUUAACAGGCUAAUUACGGCUGCUAUCUCUCCACCAGCUGAGACUUUCCCGUUGCUCCUAAGGGAUGACCUUUCGGUCGACGGGGGUUCCUUCUCUAUUGACGACCCGGUCAGCGAAUCUGUUGUGGUAAACUUGUCCGAUUUGUUUUCUGACCCGGGCUUUGCCGAUUGUGACUCAGUUUCCUCCCGUGUGUAAGUUGGUUCCUGCGAAAUGUGAUCCCUUGGCUGAAAAUCUUUUUGAAGUGGCCGUAUGGGUGAUGGGUUGGUCUCCGGGAACUUAUGAUAAACAGGGGGGAAUUGUUGGAUAAAUUGUAUAUAUAUGUUAUCAUGCGUUCCCUAAUGAGUACUUAUUAUUAUUAAUAAGUUAUUGCGCAGAAUGCUUGCUGUUUCGCCUUGCAGACGUCCACCAGUCCACAACAAGUCAUACGAUGCUGUCUGGGGCUUCCUGACCUUCUACACCUCUGGGAAUCCAAGAAAGUUGCUGAUAGCUCAAUCUACUCUGUUGAUGUCUGCACAUGGCAUUCUGUCCUUGCACUCCUUUCCCAUGGCGUCCUGUCUGUAACUACUUGUUUCACAUAGAAUUUUCCCAUGGCGUCCUGUCUGUAACUACUUGUUUCACAUAGAAUUUUGUCCUUGCGCUCUUUUUAUUUUGUUUCUCAUGAGACUAGGCCAUGCUUUCCCCCCCACCUGUUAGGGGCUAGUCUCACAUUGUAGGUAGGGCAUCCCUUAAUAAAAAGAGCGAGGGGUGUGACAGAUCUUUAGUGUAUUUUGGACUGCUGUAAGUCUGGUUGCACUCCUCGCGAGAAAAGACUCAACA